GCCAGCAACUGAGCUCAGCGAGCAGAAUGGAAGUUUGGAAGCAAGAGCCAUGAAAACUUCCCUACCGAGAAGGUGGAUAAAAGCGGGAGUGGGUCGGUACCGGCACAGAACCCCACAGAAUCAAUCAAGGAGAGCUGAGCGGUAGGCGGGACUCAAGGCAGAGGCGAAGAAACGCCCCCUUGAACGUGAUUUGAGGAAAGGCAGAAGCAGGAAGCGGUCAGUGGGCGUGGUUAAGAUCUCCGAGCUCCUGGGUUGUCCUGGUUCGGCUUCCGUACCGGUCUGAUACGCCAUGUGAGCUGCGAGCAGAGGUGAUGGAGGUUUCCAACAACAUAAUGGCAGAGGGCCUUCCCAAUGAUGCCAAGGGGGCAGUGUUGAUGCCCAGCGACUCCCUACCAGAGGGCUCCGUUCAGGUCAGAGGAUAUGACUUUAACCGUGGAGUCAACUAUGAAGCUUUGCUGCAGAGCUACCUGACUACAGGCUUCCAGGCCACACACUUUGGGCAAGCGGCCAAAGAGAUCAACAACAUGAUAGAGGCGAAGCUGGCAUCUCCCGGAGGCUGCACCAUUUUUCUUGGAUACACAUCCAACCUGAUCAGCUCCGGAGUACGAGAAACUAUACGGUACCUGGUGGAGCACAGCAUGGUGGAUAUUGUAGUCACAACGGCCGGGGGAAUUGAAGAGGACUUGAUUAAAUGCCUGGCACCAACGUACCUGGGAGACUUUAGCCUGAAGGGGGCAGACCUGAGGCCUCGGGGAAUAAACCGGAUCGGUAAUCUCUUGGUUCCAAACAAUAAUUACUGUUUAUUUGAGGACUGGGUCACCCCGAUCCUGGAUCAGAUGGUGUUGGAGCAAGAUACCGAGGGCACGAAGUGGACUCCCUCUAAGAUGAUUGCUCGUCUAGGAAAGGAGAUCAACCACCCAGACUCUGUGUAUUACUGGGCCUAUAAGAACAACAUCCCAGUGUUUAGCCCUGCGCUGACAGAUGGAUCUCUUGGAGAUAUGAUGUAUUUUCACUCAUACAAAAAUCCUGGCCUCAAACUGGACAUUGUUGAGGAUAUACAGAAGUUGAACUCCAAUGUAAUCUUUGCAAAGAAGACAGGAAUGAUUAUCUUGGGUGGGGGACUUAUCAAACACCACAUCUGCAAUGCUAACCUCAUGAGGAACGGAGCAGAUUAUGCAGUUUAUGUGAACACAGCUCAGGAGUUUGAUGGGUCGGACGCUGGUGCGAGGCCGGAUGAAGCCGUGUCAUGGGGCAAAAUCCGUAUGGAGGCAAAACCAGUCAAGAUCUACGCCGAAGCCACCCUGGUCUUCCCUUUGCUCGUGGCUCAGACUUUCGCACAGAAACAGGCAGAUUUCCCUGCCAAAAAGCAAGAACAGGAUUAAACUCCCUCUGGCCUUAUGGCCAGAGCUUGGGUCUGUGCCGUGGCUUGGCCUUCCCCAGUGCAUACAAACUAUGCAUGUUCUGCCUCGUGGCAAACCGCCAUGUCUCUUGGCAAGAGUUCUAGUUCUAGAUCUCGUUAGCCUGCCUUUCUAGAAUGAGUGCAAUGGUAGAUGUACCGUAUGCUCUUGUGUUGUACAUAAGUUUACAUGUGUAGGGGGUCGUUAUUUAAUCGGUGAGGGGUGGGUCAGUAGUGAUAACCCCUACGUGUUCUUGGCUGCUGUCAUUUGUAUUUUAUGUUGUCUAUUUAAGUUUUAUUUUUGUGAAUGAAGGCGCGACCCCACUAUUUCAAGGGUUGAAAUAAAAAAAAAAAAAAAAA